AGGGGCAGGCAGGAGCAGCAGCUGCUGAGAGCCAUCAUGAAGCUGGUUUUGCUCCUCCUGCUGGUGACGGAGGCAUCCUGCAGGUCUCACAGCUCUGGGUGUGAGAAGGGCUGUGACUGUCGUGGAGACCUCAAGUUCACCAUAUGCUCAAGGGCUUCCUUCACACGGCUCCCCAGCCGAGUGCCUCCCAUCACUGAACUCCUCGACCUGUCUGACAACUGGAUCUCCAUCAUCCCCGAGCGCACCUUCAACACCACCCGCAAGCUGCGGGUACUCCUGCUGCAGAACAACAACAUCAGCGUGGUGGAGGAUGGUGCCUUCUGCCAGCUGGAGUUCCUCCAGAAGCUGGAUCUGAGCUGGAACCAGAUCACCACUCUCUCUGAGGGAUUCUCCAUUGGCCUAGCCUCACUGCGGGAGCUGCAGCUGUCCCACAACCGACUGACCACCCUGGACAGCCGGACCUUCCGGCACCUGGACAGCAUCCAGCGAUUAAACCUAACCAACAACAGCAUCCAGACCAUCCAGAUGAGGUCGUUCUCCUCAAUGAGCCUCCUCAGACAGCUCCACCUGCAGGACAACCAGCUGACGUCUCUGAGGAGCGGCACCUUCUCCAUGCUGCACUCCCUCAAAGUCCUCAACCUGGCCGGAAACCAGAUCAGUGAGGCGGAGACUGGUGUCUUCAAGCCGCUCGCUAGCUUGACGUUACUCAACAUUGCCAACAACCAGCUGACCACCAUCUGCUUCAAGACUUUCCUGAGCAUCCACACCUACAGCACCCACCUCCUGCUGGAGGGGAACCCCUGGAACUGCGACUGUGACCUGCAGAGAGUUUUCCGGAAGCUGCGCAGCAUCCAGCGGCUCUUCCUGGAUGACUACUACAACCUGACAUGCAGUUCGCCACCUGACCUCCAGGGCUACCUUCUGAUAAACGUGGAUGACGAGCUGUGCAUUGCUGAGACGGUCACUGUGCUCAUCAUAACCAUCACCGUCAUCAUCACCCUGCUGGCUGCCAUGCUGAUGGGUGAGAGAAAGAGGAGGAGGAGAAAGAGAAGGGAUUCCACUGGACGCAGCAGGGAGACUUCUCAGACGAGUCAGACUACUGAAGCAACUUCUGUUUCUGACUUAAAUAUAUCACUCUUUCUUUUCUCACGCUGUAGUCUGGUAGUAUUUUCAGGCAACCGUUUCCUCUGCAUAGACAUCUGCAAGCCUUGAGAGAAUUUUGAUCUCCUGCAGUUCUGUUGGAUUCUUGCUAGAAAAACCUCUCAUUUAAAAUCAAGCUGUGGAAGUUUGGGAUUAUCUCCCUGCACAGUUUGAUUUUAAAAGCACAUUAAAAGCACAUUUAUGCACCCUAACUAUGACAUUAUUUAUUGUUAAUAAAAGGUUUAUUGGUGAAAAGCAGAUUUUAUAUGGUUGGGUGUCAUGACAUGGAAGCCUUGCUUGUGUGUGGUCCCAGAUGUAAGA